GGGGAGCCGGGAACGGGGAGCGGGCUCGCUCUGGGGAGCGGGACGGUUCCCUUUCGCUCCUCUGAAACCGCAAGUUGUUUCCAGUGUCUGUUUUACUCACAGAACAUGGUCGUAAGUUUUGUGAGGCUCCUGAAUUGCUUUUUAAUUCCCCAGGCCUGAAUUCUGUCGAGUGUGGAUAACAAUUUACCCCUUAAGGUAGAUCGCAGUGAGAGGAGUCCGACCUGCACCUCUUCGAUGCGAACAAACCCACCACACAGUAGCGCUGCCCGCGCCUGGUCAAACACUUGCAUAAGCCUCUGUCAUGGCGAAUGUGCUCCUUAUGACACGGUGCCUGCUUUUUCUCCAGUUCUUUAUAUUCCCUUUUGGCUCUUGAUAAGAACUAAUCUGUGAUCCCAGAUAGCAGCCUUCAGUUUAUCAUAAACGCUACUUUUGAUCAUUUUGUUACCACAGCUAAUUAUUUUCUCCUAGCUUUACUUUUUGCCGGUGCUGUUUAGAUAGUCUCAGAAUAAUGUCAACUUAUUAAAGCGUUGAGAAUUGCUCUGAAAGAAUUAAUUACUGCCUUCCCCCCACCAGACCCAAAGCAAAGGCUGAGGAACUAAUUUGAUCAUGUGAAGGCCAAACCUUGGUUCUGCAAUAUCAAAACAGGACAAAAAAGGUAAUUGCAUACGCUUUCUGACCAUUUUGUAUAGAUCACUAGUUUUCCUUGCAGUUCCACAUGCUAAACUACAGCAAAUAGUUUUAUUUCGUAUAUUAUCUCAAGUGACUUUGAAGUACUAAGUGCAUUACAGAAGCAUUUUGCAGGUCUUUGCAUAGAAAAUGACCGGGGGAAAGUUUAUGAAGGAAAUAUUUCUUUGUUAGUUUAAACAAGUUAUUAAAUAUAGUAUUUCAAGACAUGUUUUGCCAUCUUUUCUGGUUAUUAGAGCUUGGAAAGUCUUUAGUGUCUCAGACUUUCAUUGGUUGUGAAGUACUACAGGCAGGACAAGAGAUGACUGGCAUGUCAGUUGUUGAUUGCCUCUUGGAUGGAGCAGGAUCAUGAGUGCUUCCAGAUUGUGGAUUUGUUGCUGUUUUUUAAACAUCCUUUGUAAACAUGACUCCUCUAGCAUCUCUAAGCUCAACCAAGUGGUUGGUACUAAAAUGAUAUGGGUGGCAGUCAUUGGUGAUUGGUUCAACCUCAUAUUUAAAUGGAUUUUAUUUGGCCAUCGCCCAUACUGGUGGGUGCAAGAAACAAUGAUUUAUCCUAAUCAAUCAAGCCCAUGCCUUGAACAGUUUCCUAUAACGUGUGAAACUGGACCAGGAAGCCCAUCUGGACAUGCCAUGGGAUCAUCCUGCGUCUGGUAUGUAAUGGUCACUGCAGCACUUAGCUACACAGUUAGAUGGAAAGAUAAAUUAGCUGUUACCCUUCACAGACUGACAUGGUCAUUCCUCUGGAGUAUUUUUUGGAUUAUCCAGAUCAGUGUGUGCAUUUCAAGAGUAUUCAUAGCAACACAUUUUCCUCAUCAAGUUAUUCUUGGAGUAUUUGCUGGCAUUCUUGUGGCAGAAGCAUUUGAGCAUACCCCUGCUAUUCAGACUGCAAGCUUGAGAAUGUACAUCAAGACAAACUUGUUUCUUUUCAUCUUUGCCCUUGGGUUUUAUCUAUCCCUCAAACUUCUUGAUAUUGACUUGUUAUGGUCUGUUCCAAAGGCCAAGAAGUGGUGUGCCAACCCAGACUGGAUAAACAUUGACACAACUCCAUUUGCUGGACUGGUGAGGAAUUUAGGGGCACUCUUUGGUUUAGGUCUUGGAAUUAAUUCUGAAAUGUUUGUCACAAGCUGCAAAGGUAAAAAUAGCUGCAAGCUAAGUUUUCGCAUAUUGUGUAUAGCUGCUUCUUUAGCUACACUGCAGCUGUAUAAUUUCAUUAAGAUACCUACUCAUACUGAGUAUUUGUUCUACAUUCUCUCCUUCUGUAAGAGUGCAGCUAUGCCUCUGACUGUAGUUGCCUUGGUUCCAUACUGUGUCCACUCAUUAAUGAAGACAACUGAAAAGAAACUUAAUUAAGUAAAGGUUCAAAAUGAUUAGCAAUGUGGGGAUGGAUAUGAGCUGUUCAAGAACCUUCCACAAAGGCAGUUUUGCUAACUCAUUUUAACCAAAGGGAUGCUACUGCAUCUUUGAUGUGUUCCUGGUAAGUAACCAGUACAUCCAAAAUCAGUACACUCUAGAAUGAUUUUGGCAGCUCAUAAAUAUUAGUUGCUGAUUCCUAGAAAUAUUGCAAUCACACUGCAGUAUGGUUAGAAAUGACCCAAUACUCUGGGUCAUAACAAAGUUUUAAAGUAUAAUCAACUAGUUUUAUUUAGCUAUAUGGUGGUCUUUAAGUUCUCUCCAUCUCUAGCUAGAUGAUGCUUCAAGCAUCAGUUGUAUAUAGUGAUACUCGGUAUUUAAUUUUUUAUAUAUAGAUACUGUGUGUUAAACUGCUACAUAAUGGUGUGACAGUAUCACACCACCUACCACUGGACUGUACGGCUGUACCCAGGCACUGUGAAAAAGGCCAGCGUAGUUAUAAGCAAGGCUUUACAUUUAACUUAUUGAGCUUCCUGAGCAAAACAGCUUCUGAUUAAGUCAGAUGAGAAAAAAAAA